ACUAUAAUUGUACACGCGAUCGAAUGAACAGUGUGCAAUAGAGAAAUUUAAAAAAUGGACACAAGUGGAAUUAUACCUGAUAUUAUUGACAGUAAGCCUGCAACUAUUGCCCGCGUGACUUAUGGUGAUAGUAGUGUUACCUUAGGAAACGAAUUACAACCAAGGCAAGUUAAAGAUCAGCCUGAAGUUACAUGGAAAGCAGAGGAGGGAUCAUUGUACACUUUAUUAAUGGUAGAUCCAGAUGCACCAUCACGGGAAACGCCAACAUAUAGAGAAAUUUUGCAUUGGCUCGUGAUCAAUAUACCGGGAUGUAAACUUUCUGAAGGACAAGUCGUUGCGGAAUACAUUGGAUCGGGACCUCCAGAAGGUAGUGGCUUACAUCGCUAUGUUUUCCUCGUUUUUAAACAAACACAAAAAAUUUCAACAGAUACGUUUAUUUCAAAUAAAUCUCGUGAGGGUCGUUUGAGCGUAAAGACCCGCGAUUACAUUGCCAAUUAUAAGUUGGGGGAUCCUGUUGCUGGUAAUUAUUAUCAGGCCCAAUAUGAUGACUAUGUGCCAAUCUUGAAAGCACAACUAAAUUAAUACACACAUUGUUGUUGAGUAAAACAUAUUUUAUUAUAUCUUUUAUUAUAUAUUUUAAUUUAUAUCCCACAACAACAGUAAUUUGGAUAUUUUUAUAUUAAACCGUUUGCAAGAAGA